AUGCUUUCUCGGAGGUUGAAGCAACUGGUCUAUGUAUCUUUUCACAUCUUUGUGGUUGUGUUGUUCGUUGUGGCGAACAAUGACUUUUAUGCAAGCGUUUUUGAAACUCAAGUUGGUAAGUAAUAACUCGAUCAUAACACGCAGCUUCAUCUUUUUAAUGGUUAAUGUUUCUGCAUCGACAAUUUUACCUUGCAAAUGUUUCAGAUUUCACUUUACUUGAUCACGUUAUCAACAAAACCGAUGUCGCCGAUGAGUUUGAAUGUCAGCUUGAAUGUAUAGGAAACAACAGUUGCAAGUCGUUUAAUGUUCAUCGCAAUGGCAAUAAUACGAAGAGGCUUUGUGAGCUCAACAACAUAACCCGGCAGAUAAAGCCAGGAGAUUUUAAACGGAAGAAAGGAUCUACAUGCUAUGAUUCAGUUCAGGCAGGUUUAAAGUAUGUUUCUGGUGUGCAGGCAUAUUCCUCUCCAUUCGAGAGAGGCAUAAGGCGACGAUGAACAAACAAAAAUAUCCGUUUUAUGCCAGAAAUUUGGGGCACCGUUACCCUUUUUCUACCAUCAUUAUCAUCAUAAACUCUUCCUAAUUUUCAUAGCUACCAUCCCUUUAUGGUGCAAAGAAGAACGGCUCACUGAGAAAAUUCAACUGCAGAAGCUCUUAGAAUCCAAGUUUAGAGCGUGUGUGUAAUUUUACAUGGUCUUGUUAUUCUUAGUUUUACUCACUGUAUUAAACAAAAAUAAAAAAAAAAAGAAAUAAAAAAAUUACCACUCAUUCUAAUCUUUAAACCUGGCAACAGAUCAGUACAAAGAAUUAUCCCAAGGCUCGUGGAGAUUGAUUAACGAUUCAUUGACCUCCUUUUUUCGUUUCUUGUUUUUCUUACAUCUGAAAUGAAAAAACGAAAGGAGUUCUAUGCUGUUAACCGCUACUCGUGAGGCGUGAGUAGUCCAGUGGUCAGUGUGCUGGACUCUGGGUCCGACGGCCCGGGUUCAAGUCCUGGCUGGGGCAUGACGUUGUGUCCUUAAGCAAGACGCUUUACUCACAUUGCUUCGUCUUCUCGGAUAGGACGUAAAACCGUAGGCCCCGUCUCCUGCAGGGUUGGGGUAGGAGACGUUAAUUUCCCACGCACGAGAUUACUGUGUGGUGGAUGUCCUCCCCUGGGGUGGGAUGGGUGGAAGAGACACUAAUUGUAAAGCGCCUUUGAUCAUAUAAAAAAUGUUAAUUGUUAUAAAUGAAUUGUAAAGCGCUAUUGAAUAUAGCAAUAGAAAUAGCGCUAUAUAAAUACUGUAUUAUUAUUAUUAUUAUUAUUGUUAAAAAUACCAAUCAAAGGAACUCAGACAAUUACUUAAAAAAAGCUUUAUUGAAUACCUACCCUAAAAACCGACGAAAAACAACACGAAGAAACAUCUUUAUGUAACAUUUUUUUUAUAAAACCAGCGCAGGGCACUAGUGUCGUUGUUUCUCGUCAGAAAAGCAGCAAAACGAAGGGCGGCCAGUGUCAUCCGAAAUACAAAGGAAAAUUGUGCCAAACAUGUAAGUAAUAAUUAUCCAAAUAAUUAUUCAUUUUCAACGUAGGUUGUCAUCAUUGCAAACGGAUAUUUUUGCCUACUGACCUCGACAUCAUCCCGAAAUAAUUUCGAGCAAGUUUAAGCUGAGGAUUGAGUAAAGCCGCACCUGCCCCUCCCCCACACCCCCACCCCCAAGCUAUAAUUGUGUCAUUGUGAGAGCAUUUUUUGGAGCCCGUUUAAAUUUGGAAAAAAGGUUUAGAACUUUUUUUUGUAAGUAUCUACUUAUCAAAGUAAAUUUUGGUGAGCAAAGAACAAUCUUAAUGUUAGUUCUAUCCCUUGAGCAGUUUACAUUCAAUUUACCGUUUUGCCCUUGUACAUCCUAUUCUUUUAAAUUUGAUCUGCGCAUUGGAAAUCUAUCGUGGAAUUUGCGCUCUAAACUUUUAUUAAGUGGUUGCUCCAGCGGAGUUGUUGACUGGGGCCUAACUUUUUAUCUGAUAAUUUUGGUACAUGUAGCCAAGAAAGGUUCGAGCGCCCAGCAUCCUGCUCGCCUUUGUAACGAGAUCCGGGACUUUGGGGACUCCAUAGGAGAUGGGGAGUACUAG